GUUUUUGAGGCAAUCGGUCUCAAAAAUAUUGUGGGAGCCCACGCGCAGUCUUCGUUGAUGGAGGGUACUGCCUUUGCUAUUGGAGUUCCUGUAAUACCUAGUUUCAUGCCAGCCACGCUAGCAGUAAGCGAUGAUUCAGCUUCUUUUGAUACAGUAUCGAAUAUGUCUUGGAUCUUGACAAACUGCGAGCCUUUAUUAGAGUUUGCUAAGCCCACCCUUAACAAUGUUGUUGACCUUGGAGGAAUCGGUAAUUGGAAUAAAAUUCUAAAUCUACGCAAACGUACGGUGCUGAUUUCAUUUGGUAGCGUAGCACCAAGUGUCAGCAUGCCAGUUGCAAUGAAGGAAGCAUUUAUUGAAGUCAUAAAGUCGUGA